UUGUUGUGAGACGGGUCCCAUUGAGUUAACGCUGGGAUCAGGAUCAAUACACACCUGGUGUGUGACAUAGUGAAAGGAAACUUUUUCUGCCUUUGAACUUCUCUCAGUAGUCAUCUUGCCUCCCCUUGGGGAUCACCUGCUCAGCCUCGAUGGCCUUUCAGGAGCUCCUGGAUCAAGUUGGAGGCCUGGGGAGAUUCCAGAUCCUUCAGAUGGUUUUCCUUUGUAUCUCCAGCCUCAUAGUGUACCCUCAUAUACUACUGGAGAACUUCACUGCAGCCGUCCCUGGUCAUCGCUGCUGGGUCCACAUCCUCGACAAUGACACUGACUCUGCUAAUGGCACCGGGACCCUCAGCGAAGAUGCCCUCCUGAGAAUCUCCAUCCCACUGGACUCAAACCUGAGGCCAGAGAACUGUCGUCGCUUCCGCCACCCCCAAUGGCAGCUCCUUCACCUGAACGGGACUUUCCCCAAGACUGAGCUAGACACUGAGCCCUGUGUGGAUGGCUGGGUGUAUGACCGAAGCUCCUUCUCCUCCACCAUCGUGACUGAGUGGGACCUGGUAUGUGAAUCUCAGUCACUAAAAUCAUUGGCCAAAUUCUUAUUCAUGGCUGGAAUGCUGGUGGGAAGCAUCAUAUAUGGUCAUUUAUCAGACAGGUUUGGGAGAAGGUUAAUGCUCAGAUGGUGUUUGCUCCAGCUCGCCAUUGCUGAUACCUGUGCAGCCUUUGCUCCCACCUUCCUCAUUUACUGCUCACUGCGCUUCUUGGCUGGGUUUUCUACCAUGAGCAUCCUGACAAAUAGUUCCGUGCUUAUUGUAGAAUGGACAAUACACCGAUUCCAAGCCAUGGGAAUGGUAAUGGCAAUCUCUGCCGCUUGUGUGGGACAGAUCAUCCUGGGAGGACUGGCUUUUGCCAUUCGAGACUGGCUCACACUUCAGCUGGUGUUUUCUGUACCAUUAUUUGUCUUCUUUCUUUCCUCAAGGUGGCUGGCAGAGUCUGCUCGGUGGCUGAUUAUCACCAACAAACCUGAGGAGGGCUUAAAGGAACUUAAAAAAGCUGCGCACAGGAAUGGAAUAAAGAAUGCUGGAGACACCCUAACCAUUGAGGUCGUGAGGUCCACCAUGCAGGAGGAGCUGGAGGCAGCACAGACCAGACCUUCUGUAUUUGACUUGUUCCGCACACCCAACAUGCGUAAAAGGAUCUGUCUCCUGUCUUUUGUGAGAUUUGCCAACUUCAUGUCAUUUUUUGGCCUGACUCUCCACCUCCAGUACAUGGGGAACAAUGUUUUCCUGUUCCAGAUUCUCUUUGGUGUAGUCAACCUCCCAGCCAAUUAUGUUGCAUUUUUGGCACUGAAUCACUUGGGCCGUCAAGUAAGCCAGACACUUUUCAUGUCUCUCCUUGGAAUCUCCAUCCUGUCCAUCACAUUUGUGCCUCAAGAAAUGCAGACUCUCCGUGUGGCUUUGUCCGCUUUGGGAGUAGCAGUUUCUUCUGUGGCUCUUCUGUGUUCUUUUACCCAUGGAAAUGAACUAAUGCCCACCAUCAUCAGGGUAACAGCUACAGGAAUCAUGGGAAUUGCUGCUAAUAUUGGGGCAGCCCUGGCUCCCCUCUUGAUGAUCCUAACGGUGUAUUUUCCCCACCUACCUUGGAUCAUCUAUGGAGUCUUCUCCAUCCUCGCUGGACUUGUCGCCCUACUCCUUCCUGAAACCAGGAAUCAGCCUCUGCCUGACUCUAUCCAGGAUGUGGAAAAGGAGAGAAAAGGCUCAAGAAAAGCAAAGCAGGAAGAUACCUUCAUAAAAGUGACACAGUUUUAAGUAAUUCCAGGAACUAACUCUAAAAUCAAAGAGCAAGAUA